CUUGAAAACCCGACUGCAGGUCAAGCCCUGAGAGGUGGUAACCCCAGGGAGAGGACAAAGAGGGUCUUUGAGCUUAAAAACUAAGGAUCAUCACUCUAGAAGUGAAAGGGACUCCAGAGAUCAGUUAAUUCACUAUCCCUAUCUCAUUUUACAGAAGAUGGGAAAUUCUUAUGCCGGCCAGCUGAAGACCACCCGUUUUGAAGAAGUCUUACAUAAUUCCAUUGAGGCCUCACUGCGGUCCAACAGCUUGGUUCCCAGGCCAGUUUUUUCUCAGUUAUACUUGGAAGCUGAGCAACAGCUUUCAUCCCUAGAAGCAGCCAGCAGGGGGGACAAUGAAGAUGAAGAAGAAGAGGAAGAGGAAGGACUGGAGUCAAGCGGUCCCCUUAACCUUUAUCAGAUGCACCCUCCUCCUGAAGGAUGCUGUACCACAGAUGGUUUUUGUCAAGCUGGAAAAGACUUGCGACUUGUAUCCAUUUCUAAUGAACCAAUUGAAGUACCUUCAGGCUUUCUCCUCGUUGGGGCAAAGUCUCCCAAUCUGCCAGACCACCUUCUAGUUUGUGCUGUUGAUAAAAGAUUCCUACCAGAUGAUAAUGGGCACAAUGCUCUCCUGGGUUUCUCUGGGAAUUGCGUUGGCUGUGGAAAGAAAGGAUUCUGUUACUUCACUGAAUUUUCCAAUCACAUCAAUCUUAAAUUGACCACCCAGCCGAAGAAACAGAAACACUUAAAGUAUUAUCUGGUUCGGAAUGCUCACGGGGCUCUCAUGAAAGGCCCUUUAAUCUGCUGGAGGGGCUCUGUAGAGCUCCGGAGCAGGCAGAUGUUGUCAAGCACUUGUUCCAGUUCACUGUUCCAAGCUCCAGAGAGUUCAGCUCCCCCAGCUGCCUUCACAAGCGAGCCGGUUCUAGUAGCACACCCAAAUGUUCUGAUGGGCACUCAACUGACAGGCCCUGUAUCUGAUCAUCCUCUUCAAACAUCAGCAAUGAGUCCAGCUGUUUUCAAUGGGAAAGAUUCACCCAAGCAUCAACAGUUAGUGAAAAACAAUUUGUCAGUCCCAACAAGACCCUCGGUAUUAGGCACUUUAACUAACUCAGGGCCUCCCAAGAAACGCCACAAAGGGUGGUCCCCAGAGUCUCCAUCAGUUAUAGACCCCUGCUACACACAAACGAGUGCCCACAGGAUGAAAAGUGACAGUGCAGGAGUGUCCUGUUUGCCCCAGGUGGGUUUGGUGGGACCAGCUGCAAUCUCGUCUCCUGUGGUAGCUGCUGGAGAACCCGUUUCUGUUCCUGAUAAUUUACUGAAAAUAUGCAAGGCCAAGCCUGUUAUAUUUAAAGGUCAUGGCAACUUUCCUUACCUCUGUGGCAACCUUAGCGAUGUCAUAGUAAGCUCCCUUUUGUACACCUGCUACCAGAAUUCUCAGUCCAUAUCUCGAGCUUAUGAACAAUAUGGUGCCUCCACGAUACAGCCCAUAUCAGAGGAAAUGCAGCUUUUACUGACAGUCUAUUAUCUUGUUCAGCUUGCUUCAGACCAGGUUCCUCUGAUUGAAGAUCUGGAGCAGAUAUUUAUGCGUUCCUGGAGAGAGUCUCAUUUGACAGAGAUCCGCCAGUAUCAACAAGCUCCACAACAGCCCUUCCCACAAGUUCCUAGUCACAUUGCCCCUGUAACAUCAGCCCAACUCCCCUGGCUGGCUGGCUUGGCAGCCAGUUCUUGUAAUGACAGUGUUCAUAUCAUUGAAUGUAGUUACUCUUUGGCUGAGGGACUUUCAGAGAUGUUCAAGUUACUCAUUGAAGGGAAGCUUGUGAAAACUAACUACGUUGUUAUUAUAUGUGCGUGUAGGAAUACACCAAUUGACUCCUGCAUUGCAGUUACAGGAAAAUAUCAGGCUCGGAUUCUCUCUGAAAGCCUCCUCAGCCCAGCAGAGUACCAGAAAGAAGUAAAUUAUGAGCUUGUGACUGGAAAAGUGGAAUCUUUAGGUGCCUUUUUUAGCACGCUUUGUCCAGAGGGUGACAUUGAUAUUUUGCUGGACAAGUUUUAUCAAGAAAACCAAAGCCACAUUUCUUCCUCACUUAAUACAUCAGCAAAUAAACCAGCUGUGGUGGAUGCCAGUGGGACACCUUUGUGUACAAGCUAUGGUCUUGAAAGGCAUCAGAUUCGUCCCUUGCAGCUAGCCGUGGCCCAGAAGCUCCUCUCCCAUGUGUGUUCCAUUGCUGACUCCAGCACUCAGAAUCUGGAUUUAGGCUCCUUUGAAAAAGUGGAUUUUCUGAUCUGUGUACCACCCUCAGAAGUGACUUAUCAACAGACCUUGUUUCAUCUCUGGCAUUCAGGAGUUUUGCUAGAACUUGGCUUGGAAAAGGAACAUGUGACUAAGCAGAGAGUAGAGCAGUAUGUAGUGAAGCUGGAUGCAGAGGCCCAGACAAAAUUUAAGGUUUUUCUGCAGAACUCUCUUCAAAACCCUCAUACAUUGUUUGUCCUAAUCCAUGAUCAUGCACAUUGGGAUCUUGUGAGUGCUGUUCAUAACCUCUAUCCUCAAACUGAGCCAUCAGUAGGACUUGUUGAUCGACUACUCAACUGCAGAGAGGUGAAAGAGGCACCCAACAUUGUGACCCUCCAUGUGACCUCUUUCCCAUAUGCUUUACAGACUCAGCAUACCCUGAUCAGUCCUUACAAUGAGAUCCAUUGGCCUGCUUCCUACAGUAAUGGAAUGGACUUAUAUCAGGAAAACAAAAAAUACUUUGGACUCUCAGAAUUUAUUGAAUCUACUCUUUCUGGACACAGCCUCCCUUUGCUCCGAUAUGAUAGCUCUUUUGAAGCAAUGGUCAUGGCAUUAGGAAAAAGGUUUCCUAGAUUGCAUAGUGCAGUGAUAAGGACGUUUGUCCUUGUGCAGCAUUACUCUGCGGCUAUGAUGGCCGUCAGCGGCCUGUCGCAGAUGAAGAGCUACACAUCUGUGGAAACCCUGGAGAUCACCCAGAACCUCAUCAAUUCAUCUAAGCAGUGUGCCUGCGGGCAUGGGCUCAUGGUGGUGCUCCGGAUUCCUUGCAUCCCCCUGGCUGCUGUGGCUUAUGAGCGGCUCUAUCACGUGAGGGAAAGACUAGCCCUAGAAGAUCACUUUGAGAUCAUCUUGGGGAACCCCAAUUCUGCCAUCACCAUUGGGAAACACUUUGUGGAACAACUAAAGAUAUGGCAGAAAAUUGAAGAUGCAGAAUGGAGGCCUCAGACUUACCUGGAGCUAGAGGGCUUGCCUUGCAUAUUAAUAUUUAGUGGAAUGGAUCCCCAUGGAGAAUCCUUGCCGAGGUCUUUAAGGUACUGUGACCUGCGUUUAAUAAACUCGUCCUCCUUGGUGAGAACAACUUUAGAGCAAGAGCUUGGCUUGGCAGCCUAUUUUGUGAGUUCUGAAGUCCCCGUGGAGAAAGUGACCAUAGGUGAGGUCUUGGAAAGUGACCCGGAGAAGCUGAGCAGUACAGAUAAUGAAGAUGAAGAGUUAGUGACUGAAGGUUCUGUGUCAGAGAAGAGAAGUCCUGUCAAAAGGGAGAGAUCAUGUUCCCAUGAUUCGGUAUCUUCAUCUCUUUCCUCAAAAACUUCAAGUAUGGCCUUUGGCAAUGAGUCAUCUCCACCAGUAAUAGCAUUGGGUGAGAGGGCCAGAUCUCCACAUCCUUCCCUCAACAGUGUGAUGGAAGAUGGUGCAGCUGCCUGUGAGAAGCAGAGACAGAAAGUAAGUCAAGGUGCUCAGACUACCACCAGCAGGCACUGCCCUGGGCCAGGAGAACAAGACAUGUGCCCGAAUCCAAAACCAAACCUUAAAAGUGUCCAGGUUUCAGUCACCUCCUCAUCUUCACCAUAUUCUUCCUCUUCCUCUUCUUCCUCUUCUGCACCGACUUCAAAUGCUUUCAUCUUGCAGAACUCCCAGUGCUCCAUGACCAAAGGAUUGAAGCAACCCCCUGUAGUUUUCCUGCCCAAGUUGGUGUAUGACAUGGUUACUUCCACAGACAGCAGUGGCCUUCCUAAGGCAUCUUCCCUUCUGCCCUACCAUUCAGUCACGUGGGCCAGUUCUUUCCGCCCUCUCUUGAGUAAGAUGAUGACUUGCACAGAGCAAUCUCUCUAUUACCGCCAGUGGACUGUCCCCAAACCCAGCCACAUGGACUACAAUAAUCGAAAUGAGGGAAGAAUGGACAACUUUCACCCCAGGAGACUGCUAUUAAGUGGUCCCCCUCAGAUAGGAAAGACAGGCGCCUAUCUUCAGUUCCUCAGCAUCUUGUCUAGGAUGCUCAUCCGUCUGACAGAAGUUGAUGUCUAUGAUGAAGAAGAGAUCAACAUCAACUUAAGAGAAGAAUCAGGGGGGCAUUAUCCUCAGCACAGUGAUGCCUGGCCUGACUUAGAGAUCUUUAAGAAGAUGCCUUUUGACUACAUUAUUCAUGAUCCCAAGUAUGAUGAUGCCAGUAUGAUUUGUUCACACCACCAGAAUGUAAAGAGUGACCACAAAUCAGUAACCAGGAAGCACGAGGAUUUGUACAUGCGGCGCCAGACAACCCGAAUGAGAUUGUCCAAAUAUGCAGCCUAUAACACCUACCACCACUGUGAGCAGUGCCAUCAGUACCUGGGCUUUCAUCCCCGCUACCAGCUGUAUGAGUCCACCCUGCACGCCUUUGCCUUCUCUUACUCCAUGCUAGGAGAGGAAAUCCAGCUUCAUUUUAUCAUUCCUAAAUCAAAGGAGCACCAUUUUGUCUUCAGCCAACCAGGAGGCCAGCUGGAAAGCAUGAGGUUACCACUUGUCACUGAUAAGAGCCAUGAAUUUAUAAAAAGUCCUACUUUCACUCCCACCACGGGUCGUCAUGAACAUGGACUCUUCAACUUAUAUCAUGCAAUGGAUGGAGCUAAUCACUUGCAUGUAUUAGUUGUCAAAGAAUAUGAAAUGGCAAUAUAUAAGAAGUAUUGGCCCAACCACAUUAUGCUGGUUCUCCCAAGUAUCUUCAACAGUGCUGGAGUUGGUGCUGCCCAUUUCCUAAUAAAGGAGUUAUCCUACCAUAACUUGGAACUGGAACGGAACAGGCAAGAGGAGUUGGGCAUAAAACCUCAAGAUAUCUGGCCUUUCAUUGUCAUUACAGAUGACUCUUGCGUUAUGUGGAAUAUGGUGGAUGUUGAUAACGGGGGAGAAAGGCGGAGUGAUUACACCUGGUCUGAAAGGAAUGUUUCUUUGAAACAUAUUCUGCAGCACAUCGAGGCAGCUCCAAACGUCACUCAUUAUGCUCUAAUUGGGAUGCGGAAAUGGUCAAGCAAAACUCGGAGUGGGGAGGUCCAAGAACCUUUCUCCCGUUGUCAUAUCCAUGACUUUAUUAUCCUCAAUGUGGAUCUGACACAGAAUGUACAGUAUAAUCAGAAUCGAUUCACCUGCGACGAUGUCGACUUCAACCUGCGAGUGCACAGCGCUGGCCUCCUUUUGUGCCGAUUUAAUCGUUUCAGCGUCAUGAAGAAGCAAAUUGCUGUUGGUGGCCACAGGUCCUUCCACAUCAAAUCCAAGGUGUCUGAUAACCCAGUGUCCAUUGCACCCUCUCAGUACAUCUGUGCCCCGGAUAGCAAGCACACUUUCCUUGCAGCUCCUGCUCAGCUUCUACUUGAAAAAUUCCUACAGCAUCACAGCCAUCGUUUCUUCCCCCUGUCACUAAAGAAUUAUGGCCACCCUGUGCUGUCUGUUGAUUGUUACCUGAAUUUGGGACCUCAGGUUGCUGUUUGUUAUGUGAGUUCCAGGCCUCAUUCUUUAAACAUCAGCUGCUCAGAUCUGCUGUUUAGUGGGCUCCUGUUAUACCUUUGUGACUCCUUUGUGGUUGCUAGCUUUUUGAAAAAGUUUCAUUUUCUGAAAGGCGCCACCUUAUGCGUCAUCUGUCAGGAUCGUAACUCGCUCCGUCAGACUGUUGUACGCCUGGAGCUGGAAGAUGAGUGGCAGUUCAGGCUUCGGGAUGAGUUCCAGACAGCCAAUGCCAAAGAAGACAGGCCGCUUUUCUUCCUGACUGGGCGGCACAUUUGAAAGAAACAACAGCCCCAUUUUCUGAAAGAGCAGACACUUCAGAAAGCUCUCCUGCCAAGGUGAUUGAUAGCACAUCAGAGCUGAAAAAGGAUCUUAGAGCUCAUCAAGUCCACUCCACCUAUUUUACAGGCGGUAGGACUAGCAACCUAGAGGAGUUCAGUGAUUUGUCCUUGAUCAUACAGUGAGUUACUGACUGAGCUGAAAACCCAGGUCUUCAGAAUGCUUACUUCAUGGGGAAACUUUCACCAUCAAUAGUGCCAUACCCAUAGACCUGCAUAGAGAGCUUCAGAGCUGGAAGGGAUCUUUGGAAUCCAGGUAAACUGAGACCCAGAGAGUAGAAGUUUAGAGAAGAGCCAGGGAUAUAUGACCCAGGUCUCGAUUCUCAUUCCCUUGUGCCCUUUCCACCACAACAUAUUGCUGAGACUUCUGGGACAUUUUGAAACCAUUUCUUUAAGAACAGAGUUUUGACAAUUCACCAUGUUAUCUAUAUGCUUCAAUGACAGAAACUUGUGGUCACUUUUGGGUGACAUUGUACAUUAUUGGAUACUUGUUCCUGAAGUGGAAAUAUCUUCACGUUUGUAAGAAGGACCAAUUACGAAGUAUUCUUUUUCUGCCCAUGUUACCAUACAGGAAAUAUUUAGAAACAGUGUUGAAAAUCACAAAUCCCAGAGAUAUAGGAUACAUCUAAAAAGAGGUCAUUGGAAUAAAAAUUACACAAUCCUAGAAUUUUGGUGGUAUUUAGAUCAAUCGAUUGAUUGAUCAAGAAGCAUCUCUUAAGGGUGUUCUGAGUGCCAGGCACUGUGCUAAGCACCAAAGAUAGAAGGAAAGACAAAAACAUGUUCUCUGCCUUCAAGGAACUCAAAUUCUAAAGAGAGAGACAAUAUGCAAACAACUAUGUAUACAUUGGAUAUAUACAGUACAAAUGGGAGAUAAUCUCAGAGAGGAAGGCUCUGGCAGCGGGGAAAGGGGAGGAAAAAGGAUAAUAUUAGAUUGGAUAAGUUUUUCAUACUUUAGAAACCGGAACAAGGCACCAAAUUAGCCACUUAAUGAAUGCAUUCAAGCACAUGAUUUAAUUUCUUUUAAAAAUGUUUUAUUCAUGGCUUUUCCUUCUUUAUGCUAAUCAUGUCCCAAUAUGCCUUGCUCCCCCCCACAUUGAAUUCUUCUUUUUAACAAAGGAAAACAAUUAUGUAAAACCAAUGGACAAAGUCAGAUAGUAAAUAAUACCAUUUUGUCCCUGUGGUCCCCCACCUCUCUGCUAAAAGGAGAGAAGUGUUUCAUCGUCUGUCAUGUGGUUUAAUUUCCUAACAAAGUUAUGUACUCUGGUUGGUGUUAGAUUUUCUGCAUGAGAACAAUAUAGAGGACUAUCUCUUGCCAAGAGUGAAAAUGAAAGGACAUGUCCUUAAAUGAUGUUAAAUAAAAUGUGUUCUACAGAGGAAAUUAUGUGGUGGCUCUCUGAGGGUUCUUUACAAACGAGAAUUGAUUUACAGAGAAAUGAGAAUGGAAUUAUUCAGUUCACUCAAAAAACAACAACACAGAAAUGAUGGAUUAGCACAGGACCUGUGGCCAUUUGUUUACUAAAAGCUUAUUUUGGAACUUUUCAUUAAGGCUUGGCUUUACUGGCAGGUAAAGUGUACCACUUGAAGUAGUUGCAUAAAUUAAGGACUUCCAGGAACCUAAGUACAGUGUGAGUGGGAGCAAAAGGGUACAAGGAAUAACCAGAUUCCAGAAGGGACUGACAUUUGAGGCAGCAUCUGGGCCAAAGGGCAUUUUUCCAAACAUCCUCUUUUAGAUGGCAUUGAAACGUGCUAAUGGGCAGCAGUCACUUUUGCCUGGCUUGGACUUGAAGACAUCGUAUGAGAAAUAGUGGAACCAAGAAGAAAUAGCUUUGAAAGACAGUGCCGAAGAUUGUAUAUUGAUUUUUCUUUUUCUCCUUAAGGAAAACAAAACAAAACAAAACUCAAAACUUGUGAGUAUGGCAGAUUUGGGUUGAUGUUUACAAAAUUAUUAGUAAAUGGUAACUUUGUAUAUUUCAUUAUUCCUGUUUUGGAAUGAAACUUUACUUUCUGUAGUUUUAUUUGUCUUUUGUAAAUAGUAUCUCCUGUGCAGCUUUCCCUUACUUUGUAUUAGUUAAUUUAAACUUUUAAAAGGUCUUAAUAUUCAAGUUGGUUCCAGCCUUCAUAAAUAAAACUUGCAGUGCACUUAUUGGUUUCUGAUUAUUUGCACAGUUAUGAAAUUCUGUGCAUCCUGAAUUAUUAUUGAUGUAAAAAUAUUCAUUACUGACCUUUUGUUGCAAAUGGGGAAGUUUUUCAUCAGGAUUUUGGUUACUUGUGACAUCCAACUUAAAAAUAUGCAGGGGCAUUUUUAUCUAGUGAACUAGCUAUAACCAAAGUAUGAGAUUCUUAGUCUGGGAUUCAGAACCCAUUUUCUGGUGUUCUAGGCCCAUUGUCAAUCUCUUCCUGCCCUAUUUCUUUUCUUUUUUAAAAAAAAUUUAUUUUCUUAUGUUUUCCCUUUAUAUGAGUCCAGAGGAGGCAGGUGUGAUAUGGUGAAAUAGAAAUAAAUUUGGAGUCAAGACUUAUCUAUAUCUUUAUCAGAAUAAUUAUAUCUGAUAGGGUCUAUGCAACACUUUUCUCCUCUAGUCAUCUAUCUUUUUUGUAGAGAGGAGGAAGUUUACGUGUGGUCAGGAACUAUGAAUUUGGCUUCUUUGUAUUUGUCCUUUUUCCAUUUAUAAUACUGUAGCCAUUGUAUGCAUUGCUCUCAUGGUUCUGCUUACUCUGUUCCACACACAGGGCUCAUUAUGUUUCCAUGCCAGAGUUUUAUUCCCGGGAAGUCUCUAAAAUCCUAGGUUUAGCUUUUUCAUGGUUGCCCCAAAUGUGAAUUCCCAACUGCUGCAUUGUCUUGUAGAGGUGGCUAGGUGGCACUGUACAUGGAGUUCUGGGUUUGUAUUUAGGAGCAAAUGCAGCCAUAGGCACUUUACUAGCUGUAGGACCCAGGGGCACUUACCUCUCUGGGCUCCACUUUCCUUAUUUGUAAAAUGAGGGUGUUGGAAUCAAUGGCUUUUAAGGUCCCUUAUGGCUUUAAAUCUGUAUAACAGACGAUAUAAAUAUUGGGUAGAAGACGUUUUAUUUUACCUACCCCUGAAAAUUUAUAAGAUGUGAAGAAAUGUUCAUUCAUGCUAUUAUAUACCAUGCAGCAUCUUUUGGAUUAUAUUUUUAUUUGUUUUGUUAAAUAUUUCUCAAUUACAUUAAAUAUUUUUUUAACAUUCA